GCGUCAUCACGCAGUGUUUGGCUCCGCCCAAGCGCGUAAGUUAUAUUAUGCUGAACUUUUUUCAAUCCUCUCGAAACAUCACAGACCGAAAGGAACGAGUCAUGGCCCAGGAGCAAAGCAAUGGAGAUGUCCAGAUUCCUGCGGUGGACAGUCUGGAGUUCAGACUCCUUAUGUCGUACGCCCGCAAGAGACGACCCAUGGACACCAGUCUGCAGCAGGACAUCUUAGAGAAAGAGCCAUCUGAAAAAAGAAGUAGCAAAACGCACAAAAAGAAGAAAUUGAGAUUAUCUUUCAUCACAAAAUGUAUUAAACCCAAGACAGAUGAUACACCUGAACCACAGCAAGCAGCGCUAGAUUCAGAUGAGGGGAAAGUGGAUGAGAUGGAAAACCUGGUCUGUGAAUUGACAGAGAUAUCAGAUUCUGUGCACUUCACUUCAAGUGAUAUAGAACCAGAUGGUGAUGAUGAUGUUGUGCAAAGGCUGGCAGAGAUUCUCAGAGUACAUGGCGAUGAGCUGAAUGAAAAGAUUAAGAAAGACAAGGCCUUAUAUGAAACGCUGCAGUCCUCGACUUUCAAGUAUAGCUUCUUCAAGAAAGUGAUGGAUGCUGUCUGUGGAAGUGUCACCUUAGAACCGCCAACAGAAGGCCAGAAAGUUGACGUGGCUCUGAUUUGUGAAGCCACCAGUCAGCUCUAUGGCGUCAACUACCAUCCAAUGAACCGUGUGCUGGGCUUCGGUGCCAAGUAUCUGCGGGAAAAUUACUCCAAGUGGAUUAGCAGAAACAUGCAUGCAGGCAAUGGAGAAGUUGAAGAUGAAUCCAAAGAGGAAGUCCAGUGAGCUUACGAGAUGAUUACAGACGUCUUUCUCAGGGGCACAGUCACUUUAUUCACAAGAAAAAAAGAGAUUUUCUUUUGUUUCAGCAGGGAUCUAGUACUUUUUCUUCACUAGGUCCUGGAACACCUGAGGCUAAAAAAGAGGAACUCGCUUAUUGAGCCAAAUAUAAAUGCAUCUACACCAAACGUCAUUAAGAGUGCUAUGGAUACUGUCUCAAAGCAUUACAUGUUUAUGCUUUGAAAAUAAUGAUGAUACAUCAUUCCUGACUGUAUGUACGUUAUCAUGUUUAGCUGAACUAGUAAACUUUUUUUUAUUUUUUUAUUAUUUAAUGAGACAUCCAAAUUGUUAAUAUUAAUUGUAAUUUUUCUUUUUGUCUUGAAAUGAACAUAUUUCAGGUACUUUAGUGUCUAGAAUGAAACUCAUUAUAGGAUAGGAAAAAGUUUUUGUCUAAAUAAUAUAUUUUGUUCAAUGUUAUGAAAUAAACAACCUUGACAAUA